AUGUCCAGACCUCUUAUGAGGAUACCCUACACCGGGGUUCUUCCUCCACCACUGAUUGUGCCCGCCACAGCCUCUACUGUGCAUGGCGUCAUCGACGCCCUCAGCAACUUUCUCCGCCCACCCAGGCACGAUGUACCUCCAAAGACCGCCCUCCUAACAGGCGCAGGCAUCUCUGUCGCGUCGGGUCUGGCAGACUACCGUGGAAAAGAUGGCACAUAUACCUCCAAUCCGAGCUAUCGGCCUGUAUACUACCAUGAAUUCUUGUCCUCUCAUUCGUGGCGGAAACGCUACUGGGCUCGAUCAUUCUUGGGUUAUCCGUCCCUGCUGAGUUCGAAGCCCAACUUGUCCCACCGCGCCGUUGCUUCCUUGCACUCUUUGGGCCUGCUGUCGUCUUGCAUCACUCAGAACGUGGACAGCUUCCACCCAAAGGCGCAUCCAGACCUACCGACUAUUGAACUUCACGGAUAUCUGCGUGCUCUUCUCUGCCUGUCGUGCGGAACGCUACACCCUCGAGAUCAGUUUCAGGAAUCUCUGGCCGCACUGAAUCCCGCAUGGAAGACUUUCCUGGCAUCCCUACUGGCUAGCGGCGCCCUGUCCACCGAGGAUCCCAAGCGGAGGGAGAAGCUGGGCUAUCGUACCAACCCCGAUGGUGAUGCCGAUGUCCCCGGCGCGCCAUACACCACCUUCCGCUAUCCACCGUGCCCAAAAUGUCUCAAAACUCCGCCGAUACUGCCAGAUGGGAGCAAAGGUAGGGUGGUGGCCGACGAUGACGGCGCAUGGAGUGAAAGAUCCAAUGCAGGUAUCUUGAAGCCUAAUGUCAUCAUGUUUGGCGAGUCGAUUCCCUCGAACGUCAAGAUGGCUGCAGAAGACGCCAUCAACUCUGCUGAUCGGCUGUUGGUCAUUGGUAGCUCUUUGGCGACGUAUUCAGCCUUCAGGUUAGCUAAGCAAGCAUUCGACCGAGGCAUCCCCAUCGGUAUACUCAAUCUGGGUGGCGUGCGGAAGGAAGAGGCUUUCUUCACGCCUGAGAGUCGAGACGAAUGGGAUAGGAUAGGCAACAUGGGUGAGAAGGCUUUCCGAGCAAGCUGGGCCUGUGAAGACGUGCUACCGAAAGUGGUCGAGCGUUUCAAGGCCUGA